UUCGUCUUAUUUCAUUUUGUAGUAGAAACCAUUUUCCCCAGAUUUCGACACGAUACCUGGAUUGUGAGAUCAAGACAGACUUGCAGAACAGGCUGCAGUGCAACGGUCUGACAGCCUGCAUGAAAAUAAGCAUACAGAAAUGCUCUCAUCAAAGUUGUUAAUGAAAUGAAAUGAAAAACACACUGAAAGCAAUGGAGAAGAAGCCAAGCGAAAACACACCUGCAUUCAGCUUUGGCCUCCUGAAGGUCCCUUCAUUCCCGGCCUCACCUGCACUAGAGACACCUGCCUCUGGUGCUGAUGGGACUGUCCCUCCGAGUCUGUUCUCCACACCGACCGAGUCCAGACCUUUUGGGUUUAGGGCAGCUGUGUCGGCGUCUCAAAAUAGUGAGUCUAAGCCAAAUAUCAUUGGAGCCUGGCCCGGACUGCAGGGUUCCCCGUGGAGGCAGGUGGACUGGUCUCAGGAGACCAAUGCAGCUCUGAUGGAGUCCAUCCGCUCAUAUAAGCCGGCCUGUGACUCAGUACCUGCUGCCAGAGUUCUGCUUAUUGGUCCGGUCGGAGCGGGCAAGUCCAGUUUCAUCAGCUCCGUCCAGUCUGUGUUCUAUGGACGGGUCGUGAACCGGGCCAUGGUGGGAACAUCUGUCAACUCAUCCGCCAGCUUUACCAAGAAGCUGCAGUCAUAUCAGCUGUACAGCAGCAGAGAGAGAGUGGAUGAGAGUAUGUCUCUGGUCCUGUCUGACAUGGUGGGACUCGGGGAGACCAACGGACUCACGCUUCACGACACACUGGCCGUCAUCAAGGGGCACGUUCCAGAGGGACACACGUUCAGCGCCUGCUGUCCUGUUGUGUCGGACACUCCAGGCUAUGUGAAGGAGCCCUCCCUUGCAGAGAAGGUCCACUGUGUGGUCUUUGUGGUCAGCGGCCUGGAGAUCUCCUCCUACUCGGACACCAUGAAGUCCACCUUCCACCAGCUCAGAGAGCUCAUCAGCGCCCUGGACCAGAGCAGCUGCUGCACUGCUGGAUGCAUGAUCAUGGCCACAGUGCUGUGUGUGUUGGUCUGUCUUUUCACUGGCGUGCAGAGGUUGGGAGGCGUGAGGACUCUUCGUAAUCUGACCGUGCAGCGUGGAGGGUCGGCCGUCGUGCCCUGCCACUACGAGGAGAAGUACGUAGCGCAGGUGAAGUACUGGUGCCGCGGUUACACCUGGGACACCUGCCGUGUCUUGACCCGAUCCAGCAGUGUUCCAAGCCCUCCGGACGCCCAGGUGUCCAUUAGUGAUGACAUCACCCAGUGGGUCUUCACUGUGACCAUAAGGAACCUGCAGGACUCAGACGUCUACUGGUGCGCUGUGGACAUCAGAGGAGGGUCCGAUGAUAAAGCUUAUCUGAAAAUAACAGUCACACCAGGCCCUCCAGAGUUGUACUCAGAGAGCAGAGUAUUCUCCGGACCUGUUGGCGGUCUGGUCCAGGUGCGGUGCCUCUACGGUGGCCGUCUGUGGAGCGGGGAGAAGAAGUGGUGCCGGAGCGGCUCGAGUGUGUGUCUGACCGCCGGCCGCACCUCCAGGCUGCACAAGUACACGCUGGACGCAGACCCUCGGACCGGAGCACUGAGCGUGACCAUGCGGGACCUGACGCCCAACGACGCCGGCUGGUACUGGUGCACAGGAGCAGACACACAGCUGCCCGUGUACGUGUCCGUGUCCCCAAAGACAAACACACACCCCGUCACACAACGUGAGUUUGGCACUAACACACCCCCCGUCACACAACGUGAGUUUGGCACUAACACACCUCCCGUCACACAACGAGAGACAACAUCUACAACUCAUACCACCACAGCAGUCCAAACUGUGAAAACACCAUUUGCAAGUGAAGCUACAGCCCUGCUGCAGACCAGUGUAGAGGCCACCCCGCCAGCUCUCUCAGAUGAGGCACCAGGGCAAGAGGAGCACUCAGAACACAGUGUUGUGAAGAUCCCCUCACUGGAAAUACUUUUGAAAAUUCCUCUUGCAGUGGUUUACCUGGUUUGUCUGGCAGUGGCGAUAAAAAAGCAUUGGGAAAUGAACAGAUGAGAUUACACAGGAAAAUGAGGUGGAGAAGCAAAUAGCCACUCGGUGCUAACGGAACAGGAUCGCCCACUAGCCCCUCGAUGCUAACGGAACAGGACACUCUAGCCCCCAUGAAGCGGACCACAGAAUCAGUCACACUCAAUGGGCCACUUCUGAGCAAAGGAAGAGCCGGAGCAUAAGAGUAACUUAUAGAAUGUUUAACAGGUGCAACGACCACGACCACAUCCAACGUUCCCAUGCACAUCCAACUUUCCCAUGCACAUCCAACGUUCCCAUGCACAUCCAAUUUUUUGUCCAUAUUUUUUGUUCAUAUGAAAACUCAUUAUUUUCAACCUUAAUUGAAGCUAUUGUUUUUAACCAAUGUAGGGUUCAUAUGCUGUAAGUUGCUUUAGACAAAAGUAAAUACAAAUACCAUAAGCAUAAACAUAAACAUAAAUAUAUAAAAUAUACCUGGGGUCCUUGUCUACCUGCU